CUGUUCUCCACGAGAGAACUCACUCAAGUUUUGAUACAUGCUAAAGUAUUGAAAACGUGAAGAGAAGUAAUGGUUUUAAUGGUUUGAUUCAGGUUGGGAAGAACCUCAUCUCGCUGUUUUGUGUUGUGAAGUGAAAUGUAAACACAUCGUUAAAAUUAACGGUUGCCUACGGAUUGUAAGUCACGAUGUUCUAUUGGCGACGACAUGGAUCUUAUGAACUGGAAACUUUGCCAUGUGCACAGAGUGAGCUGGGGGUGGAGAAGUACACCUGGACCUCCCUCAUGGACAUUACCCAGAAGUCCUGUGGUGAGAAGCCUGCGCAGGAGGAGAAAACUGGGAUCUUGUGUCAACAUCCCAAUUGCCCGGAACGCCGGCUCGCUUCCAAGGUUUGUCAUCAUCCUUCGUGUCAAGACCUUAGAGACGGCAGUCCACUCCACCUCUGUGAGUCAUGUGACUCGAGCUGCCACCCCGUCGCCCAGGACGGCAUGCUUUUUGACAGGCACCCGCGAUUUGACCUGCAGCCACAAGGUUCCAUACUGGCCCGGAACGUGUCCACUCGUUCCUGUCCGCCUCGCACCGGCCCCCCCUCAGACAUGGAGGACGGAGAGGAGGGGUGCUCUGACCUAGGGGAUCGCAGAAGUGGAGGAAUGAAACUUGUUAAGAAGAAGACCAGACGCAGACACACAGAUGACCCCAGCAAGGAGUGCUUCACACUUAAGUUUGACCUCGAUAUUGACGUCAGCAUGGAGAUUGUUCCAGCGGUGAAGAAGAAAACUUUAAGAGAAGUCCUGGGAGCAGUGUUUGAGAGGAAAGGCAUUGAGCUGUCACGUGUCAACCUGUUUUUAGAUCAGUCCAACACGCCGCUUUCACUGGGAUUUGAAGCCUACCGCUUUGGUGGCCACUACCUCAGAGUACGAGCUAGUCCAGGAGAGGAGCUGAAGGUGGAGAGAUGUGUAAAGGACCCUCGUUCACUCAGUUUGCCCAUCAUGAGAUCCUCUAACACACACAAUUCCUCUGCUGAGCGAGCGGAGCACGGCUCUCUGGGACGCAGAGAGGCUGCGGACCUCCUAGUUGGCCUGGGUCACGCACGCCGGCGAAAGAACAUGCCGGAGUUUCUGGGCGAUGCCAGCGUCGCCCCCACCCAAGACUCUGUGUCCCAGCUGGGCGGUUCACUCCCAGGUUCCAUAACGGGUACGGAUCGCUGGAGGAACCGCGCCGCCAGCCGUUUCAGCGGACUCUUCGGUUCCAACUCAGGAAAUGGUUCUCUUGGGAAGGAGUGUGAUCGUGUGGAACAGUUGCAGAGUAAGUUAUACUCCUACACUAUGUUCGGAUUACCCAAGAUGCCUCCGCAGCUCUCGUUCCACAGAGACUCAUGGGAAGAGGAGCCGAACCUGGAGCUGGAGGAGAGCUGGAAGCAGCUGCUGGAGAACCCAGAGAUUUUAAGCAGACGUCAGUGUCAUCAGCAGGAGGCCGUAUGGGAGCUGCUUCAGACAGAGUCAGACUACAUCAAGAAACUGCACGUCAUCACUGAUCUGUUUCUCUGUGGACUGCUGAACCUACAGGAGAGUGGUUUACUCAGUGAAGUUGAACCCGCGCGUCUCUUCAGUAACAUUCAGGACAUUGUGCAGCUGCAUACAUCGCUGUGGGCGGAGGUCAUGCUGCCUGCACUGGAGAAGGCCAGGCAGAAGAGAACAUUGCUUGACCCCAUUGACCUACACCAGGGCUUCAGCACUUUUGGUUUCAGAUUCAAGCCCUACAUCUGUUACUGCAUGGAGGAAGAGGGCUGUAUGGAGUACAUGCGCACAUUACUGAAAGACAAUGAGCUCUUCCGAAUAUAUGUAACUUGGGCCGAGACUCAUAAACAGUGUAACCGGUUGAAGCUGACUGACAUGCUGGUGAAACCUCAUCAAAGACUCACUAAAUACCCACUGCUGCUCAAGAGCGUACUGAAGAAGACAGAUGACCCGCCGACUCGUGAGGCCAUUAACAAGAUGGUGGCUGCUGUCGAAUGCUUCAUCAACAGUGUUGACUCUCAAAUGAGACAAAGGGAGGAAAAACAGAAGCUGGCUGCCAUCGCUAGUCGUAUUGAGGCAUAUGAGGCUGUGGAGGGGGCUAGUGAAGAAGUCGAGAGGAUCCUCAGAGAAUAUAAUAACUUCGACUUGACCGCUCCAGUGAUGGGCGUCCCACCAGAGGAGACCCGUCAGCUGCUUCUCGAAGGACCCCUGAAGAUGAAGGAGGGUAAAGAAAGCAAGAUGGAUGUGUACUGUUUCCUCUUCACUGAUGUUCUGUUGAUCACUAAACCGGUGAAGCGUGUGGAAAAAGUGAAGGUUAUCCGGCAGCCCCUCAUCAUCCGUAACGUAGUGUGCCGGGAGCUGAAGGACCCAGGGAGCUUCCUGCUCAUCUACCUCAAUGAGUUUCGUUGCGCCGUGGCAUCUUACUGCUUUCAGGCCAACAGUGGCACUCAGGGUCGCAGCUGGAUGGAGGCCAUCCACAACGCACAGAAUCAGCUCCAGAGACUUUAUUCAGAGUCACAGAGGAGUGACAGAGAUGACCGUGAUGAAGAUGAGACUGAAAGCAGCAUGUCCACAUCCAGCUCUCCAUCACUACAGCACAGGGAGCCAUUAAACAAGAGUCUCUCUCUUUCACCAAGUCAUUCCGAUGGCUCAACAGAAACCCUUUCUGUCGCUGCAAUGGAAGAUGUGGAUGAGGUCAGGUCGGCUGUGGAGACGCUGCCGCCUGCAUCCUUGCGAAAUUCCCUGCUUUCAGAUUCUUCAGUCCUGCAGGAUUCCUUCCCCGCUAAUGAUGGAAGAACCCUGGAAAAGUUGGGUGAUUUGGUCCCCACAGACCUGGAUCCAGAAAGUCGCUCUCUUUCUAUAGACAGUGCAUAUGGAACGCUCUCACCGGAGUCCCUGAUAGCAGAGCUGGACUUAAAAGGACAGGUGAGCCAGAGUGAGGGAGAAGACACAGAUGCUGGUGAGGAAGAGGUGGGGUUUGAGGAUGAUGAAGAUGCAGAGGAUGAGGAUUCGAUGACCUGGAACGGCUCCCAGAUUACUGUAAACGAGUCCUACAUUUUGGAUGACUAUUCAAACAAUCAGAUGCCUGGCCAGGUCAAUGACAAAGCUGGAACUUCUCAGGUCACGGGCUGCCGUUCCCACAUGCUGAGACGUCGUUUACCCAUCCAGCCCCGCCCGGAUUACCUGCAGCACUUUACCCUAAGGUCACGGUCUGAGGAUGACCUCCUUCAAUGCAUCACUGGCCCUCUCCAGCCUUCUGACAGGAGCAAUUUUAGCCGAAGCCUGACACACCUGACCAAACAGACGUCGCAUGCCGCAGAGCUAUCGCAGACAGAUCAGGAAACCACAGCGCUGUCGAGUAAAGUGAAAGACACUCUUAGACGAGCAGAGGCCGGGCAUGUGCAAAGGACACUGAGCUGCCGCAAUGGCCAGACAGACUGUAAGCUUACAGAUAUUGAGACACUGCCCCCUGAUGGGCUGGAGGAAAAGGGCACCCUGGUUUUAUCCCAGCAACCCCGUCACCAGCAGAAGAAGCUGACAGUGGCUCAGCUGCACAGGAUACGUGCCACCAUGGUGCUUAAUUCAACACUGACUGCAUCGGAGGUGUAGUGUCUGACGAAUAAAGCUUGAUGCCAUAAGCUGGUCUAUUGGUGGGACUUAGACCAGAUCCAGGACUACAUAUGCAAAGAAGCUGUCACUGGUAUCACUGACAGGGCUUUCGGCACCUUGACAUCAUCUGCCCAAAAGGGGAGACUCAACUCAUAUAUAAACACAGGCCAACACAAGGAGAAGACUGUGGAACUUUUAGUAAACAGCCAUGACCUUAACUUAAUAAUAACAUAAUAUUGGCCGCACAGUCAAUAUUGUAUUUCAGAGGAUUAUCUGCACAAAGAAGUACAUUAUGUCUAAUGCCUGUGAUGUUGAAAAAGAUAAUCAGUGUUGUAUGUGCACCAAUCAGGGCUUUUGCAAAACAAAGGGAACAAGAUAUAAUUUAUCUUUGCUUUAGACAUUCAUAUCAGAAUCAGUUUGCUGUUUUGUGAAAAGGAAUUAAUAUUUUGACAAAAGCAUGUUUAGCUUUAACUAAGGUCUGUUCUGAUUUUAAAAAAGAAACCCGAAGCCUAAAAAAAGAAAAGUUUCAUUUCAUAAAUGAGGACUGUGUUGACUAUAAACUCCCACAGCAUUAUAAGUCAUCAACACAUGAGUAUUUCAAUUAUUUCUUUCUUUCUGAAUGUCCGUUUUCUUACUAAUAAUAGCACUCAGAUAUUUGUGCACUUGAGACUGAACAGAAUUUCAAAAGGCGUGGGUAGAUGUCUUGCCAAUGCAUUACUGCCCUCUUGUGUAUAUAUAAGGAACUCAUUAAUAUGUUAAACUAAACCACUCUUAAUUCAACUAAGUCUUUGUUUAAUGGACAACAAAAUGAUAAUUGAAUCCCAAAGAACUUUAACAUGUAGCUUCUGAAGCUGAUUGAGGUGUUUUGUAUGUACUUAAGACAUGUGAAAAAACAAUUGUGGACUACUUUUGCGCCAAGCCCCACAAUCAUAAACUUGCAUGCAUUUACUGUUUUUUUUUUGUUUGUUUGUUUCAGCGCUUUGUAAAUACAGUAUUUAUUGAACCUGCAUUGUUUUAUUGAUAAUAUACUUAUUGUUAAUGCCUUUUUUUGCUUUUUAAAUGUUAGCACUGUUUGUAAUUUUUUGACACACAAAUAAGGGCUGAAUUAAUGUCUUUCUCCUGGAUUGAAUCAGUUUACAAAUGUAGCUUACAUAUUUACAGUUUACAAAUGUGCACCUGUUCCCCCCCAACAUGAAAAGCACAAUACACACAAACUUUCAAUUAAAAUGCUUCAGAUGCCAA